CCCGAACGACUUUGGCUAGCCCUAAUCAGUAGUUGAGUAGUGAGCCAGACGUAAACAGAGGUGUGCCGGACAGGAGAGCACAGACACCCGACAGUUGCUGUCAACCGUUUUGAGGGGAAGGAACGAGACCGAGACGCUCCAAAAUGUCGAUCGAACUGGAGGAGGAGAUCUUCGGCCUGGCCGUGAAUCCGUUAACCAAGUCGCCGGAAAUGGUGCGCCGGUACACGCUGAAGAACGCCAAGGGCAUGUCCGUGUCGGUCAUCCAGCUGGGGGCGAUCAUCCAGAGCGUCUGCUUGCCGGACGCCUACAAGAAGGUUGACGACGUGUGCCUCGGGUUCGACGACAUCGCCAGCUACGUGGCCCACAAGGGGGCCUACAUUGGGGGAACCCUCGGACGAGUGGCUAACCGGGUGGCUAACGGAGAGUACACGGUGGACGACACUAAAGUGUCGGUGACCAAGAACAUAGAUGACAAGUUCCAGCUGCACGGCGGCUUCGUGGGAUUUGACAGCGUCAUCUGGGAGGUGGUGCAGAAGUCGGCUGAGGGAGUGGUCUUCCGGCACGUGUCGCCACACGGCCACGAGGGCUACCCGGGCAGGCUGACCUGCCUGAUCACCUACCAGCUGGACAACGAGAACCGGCUGUGGGUCAGGUAUGAGGCCACCACCGACCGCUCCACGAUGGUCAACCUUUCGAGCCACGCCUACUUCAACCUGGCGGGCCACGGGUCAGGAUCCAAGGGGCUGGCGGAGCACACGGUGGAGAUCGCCGCCGACCAUAUCGUGGGCACGGACGAGCUGCAGAUUCCCACCGGCGAGCUGGUCAGCGUGGACGACACAGUCUUCGACCUCAGGCUGCCGGUGCUGAUGCGGGACCGCCUCAUGCAGUUCGAGGACCGCCUGAUCAAGGGCUACGACAACUGCUUCGUGGUCAACGGGGGCCAGCUGCAGAAGACGGUGGCCAAGGUGGCCAAGAUCGUGCACCCGCCCAGCUGCCGGGUGCUGGAGGUCUGGACCAACCAGCCCGGCAUGCAGUUUUACACCGCCAACAACCUGACCUCGAUAGUCGGCAAGAACUGCACUAACUACGUGCGGCACGGCUCGUUCUGCGUGGAGACCGAGAAGUUCCCAGACGCCAUGAACCACCCUGAGUUCCCCUCGAUCCGCCUUGAGGCCGACCAAAAGUACCGGCACGACGUCCUCUACUGGUUCAAGGUGGAGGAGUCCUGGAAGUGCUGCUGCAACAACGACCCGUGAGGGUGAUAGGGAUCUCUCGCAAAUAAAGCUAUUCCUCUGGUUUCCAACCCCAAUGUUAUUGAUUUUAGAUUAUUCAAAAUUCCAGUUUGAAUAAGAUUAAGCCUGACAAGCGUGGCUAAAAAAUUUCUGUAAUAAAAAAAAAAAGCCAAUGUAAAUGGAUUAGGUAAUUUUUGCUUGAGCUUAGGAAUUGUGUGCCAUCAAUUGUAUGACAGGUGCCCAAUAUUUUCUGUGCGCUAAGGUAUGAAAGUACAAUGUAUUUGUAAAACAUUAAAAAAUAUAGUUAUCUAUUACAA